GUACCUGCAGGUGUAUUCCAGGCCAGCAGGGGGCGUCCUUUCUACAUAUUCACAUCACUGCUUCGCCGGGCGGGAUUUCCGCAAUAAUAUCAAGUAUGGCGAAGACAUACGACUAUUUGUUUAAAUUACUCUUAAUCGGCGACUCUGGUGUCGGGAAGACCUGUGUCCUCUUCAGGUUUUCAGAAGACGCCUUCAACUCCACGUUUAUCUCAACUAUAGGCAUUGAUUUCAAGAUUAGGACAAUAGAGCUGGACGGCAAGAAGAUAAAGUUGCAGAUAUGGGAUACAGCUGGACAGGAGCGCUUCCGAACAAUCACAACAGCCUACUACAGAGGAGCGAUGGGCAUCAUGCUCGUCUACGACAUCACCAACGAGAAGUCCUUUGAUAACAUCAAGAACUGGAUAAGAAACAUAGAGGAGCAUGCAUCGUCUGAUGUUGAGAAGAUGGUCCUUGGCAACAAGUGUGACAUCAAUGACAAGCGGCAGGUGUCCAAAGACAGAGGAGAGAAGCUUGCAUUGGAGUUCGGAAUAAAGUUCAUGGAAACCAGCGCAAAGGCCAACAUUAACGUGGAGAAUGCGUUUCUGACGCUCGCCAGAGAUAUCAAAUCAAAAAUGGACACAAAAAUGGAGGGCAACACACCACAGGGGGCCAGUCAUGGAGUCAAGAUCUCAGAGCCUCAGAAAAAGACCAGCUUCUUCCGCUGUAGCUUACUCUGAGGACCAAGGCCUUCGACACUGGCUGCCAGCUGGCUGGACAUAAACGGACUGUGCUCUCUCUAAGCACUUCCUUCCCCUUCCCUCUUUCUACCUAUCCACAGCCUGUCCUCCCAGUCCACACAAACCAUUAUAUUCCAAGUAAGCAGAGGAUUUCUCCUCCUCCUCUCUUCCUCUUCUGAAAGCUUCCAAUGGUGCAUCUUCCAUUUAAAGAAAAUGUGUUGUCUUCAUGAGACAGGGUGCUUGACUGGUCGAAGUCUCAGCCAGGAGCGUUCUCCACAUGUUCCUCAUCACAGAAAAGACACGCUCUUGUUUCUGAUGUUAGUCUCUUUGUACUACGCACUCAUACAUCACAGCCAGUAGCACAACUGAGGAUGAGAAAUUGUUAAAUUAAUGUCAAGAUUUUGGGAUUGUGUUUGCAAAAAGUAAUAUCUAGAUCUAUUUUUAUUAGUGCUCUUUCCCUUUUCUUAUGUUAGAGAUGCUAACCAGAGACUGAAAGGCUUGAACUUUAGUGAAGCAGAGUUGCACAUGCUUUCAUUUUCACAACAUCAUGAAAAAAAGGCUGUCACAGAUCAGAGAGGAGUCAGAUCAAAUGGUUUUCCAUGUCAGUUCUGUUCUUUGCUUUUAUCUUUGACAAUCAUUUGAUGCGUAUCAUCGUAUCUUGAUCAUUAGCCUCCAGCUCUGUUCAACCCUACUGCAUUAGCUUUCAGGUGCUGGAAGGCGGUUUGACAACACAGCAUCUAGAAAUACUGUACCAUCCAGAUUCCUGACUGUUUAGAUCAGCCUCUCGUGUCAAAUGAAUACCAGAGCUUUGGGAAGAUAACAGGGUUUUGCUUAAGCUUCCCCUGCAGGAGGAACCAGUAAAAAAAAACAAAAAAAAAAAACAUUGCACAUGCAAAGUUGCUCAGUGCUUCGUCACCCAGCGCGAAAAUGUGCUCAAACUGUAUUUUAUAACACUGUUUACAGAAAUGGCACGACAUGUGAGCUGUAUUAUCUUAAUAUUUCAUAUAGAUGAUCUUCCACUGUAAAGUACUUUGUAUAAAAGGCUUAAUUUAACAACUAUUCUGUAAUCAGUUGUUCCAACAUUUAUUUUCUAGAUUAAUCAGUUUAUUGUUUGAUCUAAAAUAUGACAGAGAAUAUUUAGAAAUCAUCUUAAAAAUGUCUAAAUCCUGGGUUGAUAUCUAAAGGAUAAUAUUUUCAGAACAUUCAGUUAAUAACCAUGGGACAAAAAAAAAAAAAGGUGAAUCC